UCUGACUGCACCGGAGGACCUGCCGAGGGACGCGAUGGCGAGACAGUACCACCUGUACGCUAAGUUCACCCGGGUCUGGAUCCCCGACCCCGAGGAUGUGUGGAAGGCUGCGGAGAUCACCAGAGACUACAAGGAGGGAGACCCGGUCCUUCACCUCAAGCUGGAGGAUGAAACGCCUCUGGAGUAUCCCGUGGGUCCAAAGAGUAACCCUCUACCUUUCCUGCGUAACCCCGACAUCCUGGUGGGGGAGAAUGACCUCACCGCUCUCAGUUACCUGCACGAGCCCGCCGUCCUGCACAACCUCAAAGUCCGCUUCCUGGAGUCCAACCACAUCUACACGUACUGCGGGAUCGUGCUGGUGGCCAUCAACCCGUACGAGCAGCUGCAGAUCUACGGAGAGGAGGUGAUCACGGCCUACAGCGGGCAGAACAUGGGCGACAUGGACCCGCACAUCUUUGCUGUGGCUGAGGAGGCGUACAAGCAGAUGGCCAGAGACGAGAGGAAUCAGUCCAUCAUAGUGAGCGGAGAGUCCGGAGCGGGGAAGACGGUCUCUGCCAAGUACGCCAUGCGGUUCUUCGCCACGGUGGGAGGCUCGUCCAACGACACCACCGUGGAGGAGAAGGUGCUGGCCUCCAGCCCCAUCAUGGAGGCGAUCGGAAACGCAAAAACCACUCGUAAUGACAACAGCAGCCGGUUUGGAAAGUACAUCCAGAUCGGUUUCAGCCGGCGGUACAACAUCAUCGGCGCCAACAUGCGGACGUACCUGCUGGAGAAGUCCCGGGUGGUUUUCCAGGCCGAAGACGAGAGGAACUACCACAUAUUCUACCAGCUGUGUGCCUCGGCCAGCCUACCGGAGUUCAAGGAGCUCGGCCUCACCAGCGCCGAGGACUUCCACUUCACGUCUUUAGGGGAGAACAUCUUCAUCGAGGGAGUGAACGACGCCGAAGACUUUAAAAAGACCAGGGAGGCGUUCGCGCUGCUGGGUAUCAAGGACAGCAGUCAGAGCAGCAUUUUCAAAGUCAUCGCCGCCAUCCUCCACCUGGGCAACAUCGUGAUCUCCUCGGAGCGAGACGGAGAGUCCUGUCACAUCUCGGGCGACGACCUCCACCUGAAGCACUUCUGCCGGCUGCUGGGCGUGGAGCUGCAGCAGAUGCAGCACUGGCUCUGCCACAGGAAGCUGGCCACCACGUCCGAGACCUACGUGAAGAGCAUGUCCAGCAAGCAGGCCAACAACGCCCGCGACGCGCUCGCCAAGCACAUCUACGCUCGCAUGUUCGACUGGAUCGUGGAGCACAUCAACAAGGCCCUGCACACCUCCUCCAAGCAGCACUCCUUCAUCGGAGUCCUGGACAUCUACGGCUUCGAGACGUUCGAGGUGAACAGCUUCGAGCAGUUCUGCAUCAACUACGCCAACGAGAAGCUUCAGCAGCAGUUUAACUCUCACGUGUUUAAGUUGGAGCAGGAGGAGUACAUGAAGGAGCAGAUCCCCUGGACUCUGAUAGACUUCUACGAUAACCAGUCCUGCAUAGACCUGAUCGAGGCUCGACUCGGCAUCCUGGACCUGCUGGACGAAGAGUGUAAAGUGCCAAAGGGGACGGAUCAGAACUGGGCUCAGAAGCUCUACAAGCAGAACUCCGGCAGCGCCCACUUUCAGAAACCCCGUAUGUCCAACACGUCCUUCAUCAUCGUGCACUUUGCUGAUAAGGUGGAAUAUCAGUGUGAAGGCUUUCUGGAGAAGAACAGAGACACCAUCUACGAGGAGCAGAUCAACAUCCUGAAGGCCAGUCAGUUCCAGCUGGUAGCAGACCUGUUCCAAGAGAAAGACGACGUCGUCCCCGCCAAGUCCUCCAGAGUGAACGUCCGCUCAGCCAAGACGGUUCCCAAAGCGCCCAACAAAGAGCACAGGAAGACCGUGGGCCUCCAGUUCCGCAGCUCUCUCACUCUUCUCAUGGAGACUCUGAACGCUACGACUCCUCACUACGUCCGCUGCAUCAAACCCAACGAUGACAAGGAGCCCUUCUCGUUCGACUCCAAGCGAGCGGUGCAGCAGCUCCGAGCCUGCGGAGUCCUGGAGACGAUCCGGAUCAGCGCAGCCGGGUAUCCGUCCAGGUGGACGUACCCGGACUUCUUCAGCAGGUACCGAGUGCUGCUGAAGAAGUCUCAAAUGAUGUCUGCAGACAAGAAGCUGGUGUGUAAGAACCUGCUGGAGACGCUGAUUAAGGAGCCGGACAUGUUCCAGUUCGGUAAGACAAAGAUCUUCUUCCGGGCCGGGCAGGUAGCGUACCUGGAGAAGCUCCGGGCGGAUAAGUUCCGCUCGGCCUGCAUCAAGAUCCAGAAGACGGUGCGAGGCUGGCUGCAGAGAGUUCGAUACCGCAAGAUCCGGAAGUCUGCCAUCGCUCUGCAGAGAUACGGCCGAGGGUACCUGGCCCGCAGAUAUGCAGACUUCCUGCGUCUGACUCGAGCCGCCGUCAUCUCUCAGAAGCAGUACCGCAUGGUGAGAGAGCGGCGGGCCUACCUGAGGGUGAGACAGGCCGUGGUCACCAUCCAGGCCUUCGCCAGAGGGAUGUUCACCCGCAGGAUUUACUACGAGUUCCUGCUGCACCACAAGGCCAUGAUCAUCCAGAAGAGCGUCCGCGGCUGGCUGCAGAGGAAGAAGUUCAGGCGGGCGCGCGACGCCGCCGUCACCAUCCAGUGUGCGUUCAGACGCACGCGAGCCAAGCGGCAGCUGCAGCAGCUGAAGAUCGAAGCUCGCUCUGCAGAGCACCUGAAGAAGCUCAACACCGGCAUGGAGAACAAGAUCGUCCAGCUGCAGAGGAAGAUGGACGACCAGUCCAAAGAGUACAGGACUCAGAACGAGCAGCUGGUUCUGGUGAACACCAGUCUGGGCGCGGAGGUGAACAAGCUGCAGAAGCAGCUGGAGCAGGUCCGGAGUCAGCAGGGCGAAGGAGGCCAGCUGACGUCUCUGCAGGAGGAGCUGGAGAGGCUGAGGGAGGAGCUGCAGGAGGCGUCGGCCCAGAGGAAGAAGCUGGAGGAGGAGCACAGCAACGAGAAACUGGGGCUGCAGCAGAGGGUGGAGGAGCUGGAGAGGGAGAACACUCUGCUGAAGAGCGAGAAGGAGGAGAUGAACCGGAGGAUCCUGCAGCAAUCAAAGAGCAUCGAAGAGGACGACAGCAGUCUGGCUCAGAGGGAGUCGUCUCUGCAGGCUGAGCUGGACCAGGAGAGGCAGCGCUACCAGAACCUGCUCAAAGAGUUCUCCAGGCUGGAGCAGAGAUACGAAAACCUGAAGGAGGAGGUGUCCCUGGCCAAGUUCCACCCCGGCCACCGGAGGAACCCGUCCAAUCAGAGCAGCCUGGAGUCGGACUCCAACUACCCGUCCGUCUCCACCUCGGAGGUCGGAGACACCGAGGACGCCGUCCAGCUGGUGGAGGAGCUGGGCGUGGAGAAGGCCGCCAUGGACAUCAGUCUGUUCAUGAAGCUGCAGAAGAGAGUCCGGGAGCUGGAGCUGGAGAGGAAGAGGCUGCAGGUCAGCGUGGACAAGAUGGAGGAGCUGGCCCGGAGCAAGGGCUCCGAGGCCAAGAGUCCCGCCUCUGAGCAGGAGACCGCAGACCUGGCCUACAACAACCUCAAGAGGCAGGAGCUGGAGUCGGAGAACAAGAAACUGAAGAACGACCUGAACGAGCUGAGGAAGGCCGUCUCUGAGCGAGCGUCUCAGAACAACUCGUCCAGCGAGCUGCAGGGCAGCUACAACCUGCUGCUGAGCCAGCUGAAGGCGGCCAACGAGGAGCUGGACGCCCGCAAGGAGGAAGUCCUCAUCCUGAGGACUCAGAUCGUCAGCACGGCCCAGCUGAUGGAGAGGAACGAGCACAUCCAGGAAAGUAAUAACGUCCCUGAGCUGAACAGCAAAGAGCCCGUGGACAAAGAGGAGGCGCUCAGAGCCUAUCAUGGGCUGUGCGAGUCCAAAAAGCUGCUGGAGGCCCAGCUGCAGUCUCAGUCCCGGCAACACAAAGACGAGCUGGAGGCUCUUCACACUCAGAUCGAGCUGCUGAAAGACGACAUCCUGAAGAAGCAGGAGAUCCUGAACUACACCUCGUCCCUGUCCCCUGAGGCUCAGGUGGAGUACAGCAUCCAGCAGGAGAUCACACGGCUCACCAACGACAACCUGGACCUCAAGGAGCUGGUGGAGAAGCUGGAGAAGAACGAGAGGAAGCUGAAGAAGCAGCUCAGGAUCUACAUGAAGAAGGUCCAGGAGUUAGAAGUUUCUCAGGCGGACGCAGCUCAGACCAACAGGCCCAGACCUGAACUGUGCCGCCAGGUGACCGUCCAGAGGAAAGAGAAGGACUUUGAGGGGAUGCUGGAGUACUACAAGGAGGACGAGGCCCGGCUGCUCAAAACUCUGAUCACCGACAUCAGGCCCAGCACGGUGUCGGCCACAGUCCCCUGUCUGCCUGCAUACAUUCUCUUCAUGUGCAUCCGCCACGCCGACUACGUCAACGACGACCAGAAGGUGGAGUCUCUGCUCACCUCCACCAUCAACGGCAUCAAGAAGGUCCUCAAGAAAAACGAGGACUUUGAGACGACGUCGUUCUGGCUCGCCAACACCAGCCGCCUCCUCCACUGCCUGAAGCAGUACAGCGGCGACGAGGUGUUCAUGACGCAGAACUCAGCCAAACAGAACGAACACUGCCUGAAGAACUUUGACCUGACGGAGUACCGACAGGUGCUGAGCGACCUCUCCAUCCAGAUCUACCAGCAGCUCAUCAAGGUGGCAGAAGGCAUCAUACAGCCCAUGAUCGUGUCGGCCAUGUUGGAGAGCGAGAGCAUCCCCAGCCUGGCGGGGGUCAAGCCGAUGGGCUACAGGAACCGGUCGUCCAGCAUGGACACGGACUCCGGCGGCCCCAGCAGCUACACUCUGGAGGCCCUGAUCAGACAGCUGGGGCAGUUCCACAGCAUCAUGCGGGAACACGGCCUGGACCCCGAGAUCGUGGGUCAGGUGGUCCGACAGCUCUUCCACUGCAUCAACGCCGUCACCCUCAACAACCUGCUGCUGCGCAAAGACGUGUGCUCCUGGAGCACCGGCAUGCAGCUCAGGUACAACACCAGUCAGAUGGAGGAGUGGCUGAGAGCAAACAACCUGUACCAGAGCAAAGCUGCAGCCACUCUGGAGCCCAUCAUCCAGGCCGCUCAGCUGCUGCAGGUCAAGAAGAAGACCACGCAGGACGCCGAGGCCAUCUGCUCGCUCUGCAGCGCCCUCUCCACCCAACAGAUUGUGAAGAUCCUGAAUCUCUACACGCCGCUGAACGAGUUUGAAGAAAGAGUCACAGUUUCCUUCAUCAGAAACAUCCAGAAUCGUCUCCAGGUGAGGAACGACCCUCCUCAGCUGCUGGUGGACACCAAGCAAACGUUCCCCGUCCUCUUCCCGUACACGCCCUCCGCUCUCAGCCUGGAGACGCUGCACAUCCCCGCCUCGCUCGGCCUCGACUUCCUCAUCAGGGUCUGACACGACGAACCGACGCUUUAACCAGCUGAACAGCAGACAAUCUGAAGGGUCACAUGAACCUGAGUGAACCACCUGUCCGUGUCCCGUGUCCUCGCUUCAUCCUUUAUGCAACCCGAACAUCACUGUGCCCACUGCUCUUCUUCUUCUGCUGUUUCUGCGAGAGCCGGUGUGUGUUACAGGAGGUCUGGACUGAGGCAGGAUGAAGAAGGUCAGUGAGAAGCCUGAGGACGGAGUCUCAAAUCUGUGUUUCAUGAUCCACCAACAAAAACGAGAUUUGCACUUCUGUGCAGGGACAUGUGGACGUCUCAGGUGCAUUUACUGUCCACAAACAGGUCCACAAACGUCUCUGCUCUAAUGGAGGACUGGGGGGGGGGGGGUGACUCUGUAGUUGCAGUACUGCGAGUGACCACUGGGACAAGCUGCCAUAAUCCCACAAUGCAAUGCGCUUUCAUUUUAUAGAUGUGACAUCUGUGUGACUCUGCAGCCGUUGGUGACGAAGCAACGGGAAAGUUUCCAGCUAACGUUUGUCUGGUUUUUGCUUCGCAUCGUUCAGGUUUGUUGGCGUUUGUGGACAGAAAACGCGUUUGUGAACGUGUUUCCACAAACUGCGAGCAUGAGACACUUUUCUCUCCAUGAAGAAGAUGUUUGUGUACGACGUUAUCAGCUGCAUGUUAAUCACUCCUGAACAGGUUUAAUGAACCAAAAGAAAAAAUCAGAGCGUUUCGUUUUGUCUCUUCUUAUUUUGCCUUCAGAGACCUGGUCUGUGUUCAGAGCAGCGCUGUGUACGAAGUCAUAUCAUGAAUCUGUUUGUUCUUUUUAAGUUUCUGUGUGAAAUCGGUCAAAUUUUUUUAUUCCUCCAUUUUUUUUUUUUCUUGUGUGAUUUGUACGAUUUUGUUUGUGACACCGAUCAAUAACCGAAUACUUAAUGUAAACGUCUGACGGGUGUACCGACCUGAUGUCAGAGAAAAGACUUGCUGCCAUGCAUUACUACAUUAUUAUACACAGUUUAUAUAUCUAUAUUUGUCUUUAAACACAGUGGGUUGAACGGAUGCCUGAUGAUUGGGGGAUGAUGGAAGCUUUAAUUCUUAGCUGAAUAAUCUUUUGCACUUGUAGGAACACUAAUUAUUAAAACACUGUCUAUAGAGUCCAAACUGUGUCCCGCUCAAAGGAAAACACAUUUUUAUGAAGUAUAACUGUAAUACAAGAAGAAGUACUCUGUGCAAAAUGUUUUAUCUUCUGUGUGCUGGACGUUUGAUUCACUCAUGAUACAAAUUACUACACUGAAAUCUAUAUUUUCAUACUUCUGCGUUUAAAUGUACUUUAAUUAGUUCUUGCAGUGAAACUGUUCAGCUGGAAACGCUGAUGUAAAUGUUUUGAAGCAUGAAGCACAAAGUAACUUCCUGUAACAUCGUCACGUCUUCUUCAUCAGAAUAAAAUACUUUGUUUUUCCAGCAAAA